GCAGGUAGGAUCCUCCUCUUACCUACACUUCCCAGUAAAACCUGAAAGCAAUGCUUCCUUCUCUUUGGAGCAAGAUCCCGGUCUGCCAAGUUGGAGCAGGAGAGAGCAAAUAACAUCAUUAAGGCAAAGUAGAGGCAAUGAUGUGGUAUGACCUUGAAAAAGCAAAAUGAUGGCUAAGAGAGUCCAGGGGUUCACAGGAUAGAAAUUUCACUCUCCUGGCAUUGAUACUCCAACAGACAACAGUGUUGCAGGUGUGAGAGCAGGAUUAUUGAGCAACGCAGGGGGAUCUUCUUGAGAAAGCAUAUUGUAACAAGGUUAGUCUAAAUAAGUGUUUGCUGGCUGGGGGAUUCUGGGAGUUGAAGUCCACAUGUCUUAAAGUUGCCAAGGUUGAGAAACACGUGCUAGUCUUGGGGCAUUUCAAAGGUUGAUAUUCUUACUAUGGCAUAAGCAUUUGCAACAGUAGUCUGCUUCCUCUAAAGCAGGACACCUUGCCCUUGAAGUUCUUCAUACGAUAAAAGUGGAGAAGAGUCUCUUGAAAGUUAUUUGGAGAUUCUAGUUCAGGAGUAAGCAGCAGGAUACUCUCCAGGUCCUUUGAAAUACAAUUCCUGUAAUCCCUGACAAGCCCUCUUUUGUCAUUAUCUCCCCAAAGUCAGUGGUGUAGUUUCCCAUAAUUUUGAGUUAGGGAGUACAGGAAAGCCUCUUUUAAGGCCAUUCUAAUCUAGAUCCUAAAAUAAACUUAGUACUGUCUAAAACAGUGUUUCUCAACCUUGGCAACUUUAAGAUGUGUGGCACCUUAAAGUUGCCAAAUUGAGAAACGCUGGUCUAAAACAUAAGGCCUCGUCCCUUGCCCAAACUGGAGAAAGUGGAAAAUCCCAGGUUCCUUAUAUCUAUGAUAGAGCUCUACUUGCCUGGCAUCCCUUGCAUCUUUUUCCUUGGCCAGAUGUUAAGACAUCCACUAAAAGAUUGCCCACCCAUGAUAGAUAUUUUUCAUUUGAUUUAAAGACUGGUAAGCAUGACUCUGGGUUCUAAAGAUAUUUGUGGAAUGAGCCAUUGUUAGACCUUUGGGCCAACCAACCUCUCUGUUUUAUGACAGGUUCGUGUGAUGACGGUGCUGUAUAAUGUUCUCUCUGUCAGUGGCUUCUCAUUUAGGUUUUCAGUGGCUGAACCACACUUCUGGAUGGAACAAGAGGAGGAGUUGCCAGACGCAGGAGACAGGCAAGAGCUGACCAUUGUCCAAGCAGAUUCUGACACUCCAAGUGAGGAGGAUAAAGAGGAGGAGAUGGUGGAGGACAUUGAUGAGAAAGAGACAGGGCCUUGCCCAGAGAGUUAUGCUUGGCCCUGGGUGAUCUCGGAAGGAAAAGCUAUCAAGGCAUCUGCCACAGCAGACCUUCGUCCAUUCCACUGUUCAGUGUGUGGAAAGGGAUUUGCUCAGAGUUCAAACCUGGUGAAACAUCAACGGAUCCACACAGGAGAGCGCCCUUUCCGAUGCCCAGAAUGUGGCCGGGGCUUCAGCUGGAGCUCCUCGUUGGCAGAGCAUCUUAAGGCUCAUGGAGGGUGCCGCCCUCAUGUGUGCGGUGAAUGUGGGAAGCGUUUUGUCCGUGGCUCCACACUGGCUGAGCACCAGCGGGUGCACACAGGGGAGAAGCCCUUUCGGUGCCUUCAGUGUGAGGCACGCUUCUCACAGAGCUCCACCCUGGCCCACCACUUGCGUACACACUCAGGUGAACGCCCGCAUGUCUGUCCUGACUGUGGAAAGUGCUUUGGGCGCAAGUCCACCCUCGUCACUCACAGACGAACGCACACUGGUGAAAAACCCUAUCUCUGCAGGGAGUGUGGGUGCUGUUUCGGGGUCAGUUCUGACCUGGCCAAGCACAUCCACAAUCAUUGUUCUAAUGGGAAUGGCAAUGGGAAACAUCCUGCUGCAGAAGAACACUCUGUUCUUCCUCUUCUGGAUGCAGAUCAGAGCACUCGGCCAGUUGAAGAAACAUCUCAACUGAUCUCAGAGGUCUCUGGGCAGGCAAGUGAUUGGGUAGGAGGGAUGGAAGAAGAAAGGUACACGUGCCCUGUGUGUCCUGAGGUCUUCUGCCAGAGUUCUGACCUUGCAACCCAUCAGAGGAGCCAUGCUAACAGCUGCCAGCAAUGUGAAGAAACCUCCCCUGACCCACUGGAUUUGGAAGCCCGUGCAUCACGUCACAGUGUGGAGGAGCAACCUUUGAAGUGUUCUGAUUGUUACCCUUGCUAUUCUGAAAGCAUUGCCUUUGAGAUAUGCCAGAGAGCCUCCUGUGGAGACCCAUCACAUCAUUGCCAUCAGUGUGGUGACAAUUUCUCGGAUAGCUCUGGCUUGAAGCCAUACCAGAGCACACACCAUGGGGAGGAGAAAUCCUUUAAGUGUUUGAAGUGUAAGGCUUCCUUUGCAGAAACCGCUGCUUUAGCUACACACCAGAGAAUCCAGCAGGAUGUGGAAUCCUAUAGCUGUCCCCAGUGCGGGAAGACAUUUGUUGAGGAUGAUGAGCUACUGCUUCAUCAGGGAAGUCAUGGUGAUGAGGAACCAGAGGAAUAUAUGGUUACUAAAUGUCCUGUUGUCAGUGCUCACUUCCCUCAUGAUGCGGCUCUCUUGACGCAAAAAGUGAACCAUGGGGGAAAUGCAGAAUCCCAUCAGUGUGAAGAAAUGUUUCUUCAUCACUCAGAACUUCUUGUUCACCAGUUGGGCCACCCAGCAGAACCUAUCUUGGACAAGCCAUACUCCUGUUCAGCGUGUGGCAAAACCUUUGCCCUCUUUGCCACAUUGGCAGCGCAUGAACGUAUCCACAUGUCUGAUGAUGAUGCCUACCGUUGCCCAACAUGUGGUGAACGCUUUCCUGACAGUGGCAAAUUGGGAAGGCACCAACAGCGCCAUUUGGGUGAGGAGAGACCCUUCCGGUGUCCUGCGUGUGGGAAGGGCUUUGUUCUGCUUUCAGGGCUACAGCAGCACCAACGUGACCCACCUGCCCAGUGUCCUCCAUGUGGUGAGACCUUUACAUGGCACUGCCAGUUGACUGAACACCGGCGUAACUGCCACCCAGCCGAACGUCCCUAUAAAUGCCCUGAGUGUGGCAAGAGCUUUGCCCAGAGCUCAAAGCUCUUGCGGCAUCAGGUGACGCACACUGGCGAGAAGCCGUUCAAGUGCCCUGAAUGUGGCAAAAUCUUCAGUCAGAGCUCCAAUCUGGCUGAGCAUCGGCGCACCCAUGCCCCUGGCAAGGCCCACUGCUGUGCCAUCUGUGGCAAAGCCUUUGCCCUGGGCUCCUACUUAGCCAAACAUCAGGCUACCCACACAGGGGCCCGUCCCUUUCGGUGCACUGAAUGUGGUAAGGGCUUCCGCCAGAGCUCCAACCUCAUUCAGCACCAGAGGACCCACACGGGCGAGAGGCCCUAUGUCUGUGCCUCCUGCGGCAAAUCCUUCACCCAAAAUUCCCACCUGGUCAAGCACCGGCGGGUUCAUACAGCUGAAAGGCCCUACUGCUGCCCUGACUGUGGCAAGAGCUUCCGGCAACGGGGCAACCUGGCUGAACACCAGCACCAGCAUGCUGGGACCCACCCAUAUGUCUGUGGGACUUGCGGGAAAUCGUUCCGCUGGAGUUCAGCUUUCUCCAAACACCAGCGAACUCACCUUGCGCUCUGAUCCUGCAAGGAAGGGGGGAAGCUGGACAGGGCUGUGGGGGCCUUCACACAAACACCAAUACGUUUUAUUCCUCCUGUCCCAUCCCUACAUGAGAAGGCCUCCUUGUGGAAUCUGAGAUGGGUGGGGCAGAUCCAACUUUAGGGCUGGAUGGAAGGAUCCUAGAGAUCCUUUUUUAGGCAACAGUGUGCAUUGCUGGGUAUUCUUGCAGAUAAGCCGACCUGUGAAAUUGCAACCAAAAUACUGCUUAUAUAUUUAAUAUAUUAUUAAAAAACAGA